AUGUCGGAACGAGUUACGCGAUCAAAGUCGGGCAUGACGCCGUCCAAACCCGACCGUCCUGGCUUUGUAGAGACUCCUGGGCGCCGAAGGUCGACGCGUAAGUCGAACAUGAAUUCCUCGAAUGGAUCCAAUUUCGAUGGCGCAUACGAAUCCACGCCUGAGCCUGAAAACUUCCUCAAGGGGCCGCGGUCCACCCACGUCGACUCGAAACCUGACGACAUCAACGCUGAGAGCAAUGGUAAUGGUCAUGCGAACGGUAACGGUCACACCAACGGCCAUGCGAAUGGUACCGGCCACACGAAUGGCUACACGCAGAAGAAGUCGGCCGAGGCCGUCGCAUUCGACUACAGAAUCGAGACGGAAAAGUACUUUUCGCCCAAGGACACGUCGGGCACUUCCGAGUUUGGCGGCGCAAUUGGCAUGAGCGCCAUGAUGAUUGGAUUUCCUGCGCUCAUGUAUUACAUGUGGAUUGGCGCCAUCUUCUACGACGGCAAGUUCCCGUCGCGCGUCGAGGGACAGAGCUGGGCCGACUUCUUCGGCCACAUGUGGUAUCUGGUCAAGACGGAGGCCUAUCCCAACAACAAGGCGUGGCAGAUCUACUGGUUCUUCGGCCUCAUGCAAAUGGCCUUUUACAUCCUCAUGCCCGGUGUAUACCGCAAGGGCAAGGCGCUUCCACACUUGGGCGGCAAACAGCUGGACUACUAUUGCUCUGCCAUGUGGUCGUUUUACUCGAGCAUCGCCAUCAUGCUCGUCUUGCACUUUACCGGCCUCUUCAAGCUGUACACGCUCAUUGACGAAUUUGGCCACAUUAUGAGCGUAGCCAUCAUCUCAGGCUUCCUGUGCUCCGCCAUUGCCUACGUCUCUGCCCACGUCCGCGGCGCAACCGUCCGCAUGACCGGCUCGCCCAUUGUCGACUUCUUCCUCGGCAGCGAGCUCAACCCACGCCUGUUUGGCAUCCUCGACUUCAAAAUGUUCCUCGAGGUCCGCAUUCCCUGGUUCAUCCUCUUCUUCCUCUCGCUCGGAACCUGCCUCAAGCAAUACGAAGCAUACGGCUACGUGUCCGUCGAAGCCUGCUUCCUCCUCUUCGCCCACUACCUCUACGCCAACGCGUGUAGCAAAGGCGAACACCUCAUCAUCACCUCAUGGGACAUGUACUACGAAAAACUCGGCUUCAUGCUCAUCUUCUGGAACAUGGCCGGCGUACCCUUGUCCUACUGCCACUGCACCCUCUACAUUGCCCAACACCACCCCUCGGAAUACCAACUCCCCACUUGGUUCACCCUCGCCCUCACCCUCGCCUACCUCUACGUCUACUACAUCUGGGACACGACCAACUCGCAGAAGAACCAAUUCCGCCAGGAAGAACGCGGCGUGGUCGAGGAACGCACGACGUUUCCUUACUUCAAAUACGGCCGCAUCGCCAACCCGCACACCAUCCCCACCGCGACGGGCAACAAGAUCCUCGCAGACGGCUGGUACGGCAAGGCGCGCAAAAUUCACUACACGUGCGAUUUCUUCUUUGCGAUUUGUUGGGGUCUCAUUACUGGGUUUAAGAGCCCGUUUCCUUGGUUCUACUCCGUCUUCUUUGGCGCAAUGAUUAUCCACCGCGCCCUCCGCGAUAUUGAAAAGUGUAGGGAGAAGUAUGGCGAGGCGUGGACAGAGUAUGAGAGACAGGUUCCCUAUCUUUUUAUCCCGGGUGUGUUUUGA